UGAUGUGCGAAAUCCUGGGUCACCAAUCUCUAUUCAGAAGAAGUUUCAUUGACACAGUUGGGGGCCUUUACGGCCUGCAGCAGGAGGUUUAUGGAUUACUGAUUACUGAGCGAGAUAUGAAAGCCGUCAAAGGUCACAAACGACGACUGAAUAUACGAACAACCUUCAACAGCGCACCUGUCCGGCGGCAUGAAAAGAACCGCUCUGCUUCAAGGAACGAGAACCAGACACUGUGGACUGAACUGAGGAUGAAGAAGAAGAGUUAACUAAACACUCGACAAUCACACGAGGUCAUGCUGGGAAGAACAGGAACCUUCUGUGGACGUUGCAGGUUUGAGCUCCAGCAGUCCCGUCACUCCUUUUCCUCGGCUCCCCCUGAGCUCCUCAGGGUCCAUUACCCAGCAGGCAGGAAGUACAGGACGGGGAAGGAGGCGGAGCCAAUGAGCUCAGCUCAGAUCAACCGCAUCUUAAAGGCCAACGAAUAUAGCCACACCCUGCCCAGAGGCCCCGCCUCCCAUGGUGUCUUGGGUUUCCAUAGCAACAUGCUGCCAUCUAACCAUCCAAGCGAGGACUGCCGGAGCACCGCCACCUGCCUGCCAGGCCGCGGCGGCGUGCUGUUCGGCGUGUUCGAUGGCCACGCCGGGACGGCCUGCGCCCGCGCCGUCAGCCAGAGGCUCUUCUACUACAUUGCCGUGGCAACGCUACCGUUGAGGACACUGGCGGAGCUCGAACGGGCGGUGGCGGAAGAACGUGCCGUACAGCCGCUGCUGGAGUGGCACAAACACCCUCAAGACCACAACAGCACCGACAGCGGAGCGACCUCCUUCCAUAGCCUCCGAAACUACUGGCAGGAGAGACUGCAGGGUGAAGAGGAGGAGGUGGAGGAGGAGGAAGAGGACGGCUGCAGGGUGACAUCAGCGCUGGUCAACGCUUUUCGUCGCCUGGACUACGACCUGUCCGCGGAGGCCCAGGCCUACCUGUCUUCACCCAGACGGGUGUCUCUCCCUGGGGAGGCGUUGUCUCUGUCCUCCCCACUCCGGGUGGCGCUGUCCGGCUGCACGGCUUGCGUGACCCAUGUCUCCAAGGGCGUCCUGCACGUGGCCAACCUGGGUGACAGCCGGGCCGUCCUGGGCGUCAAGGAGCCCAACGGGAGCUGGUCAGCGGUCAGCCUCACCAACGACCACAACGCACAGAACCCAGAAGAGCUGCAAAGGAUUCUGGAGGAACACCCGCCGUCGGAGAGGAAGACGGCGGUCCGCCACGACCGCCUGCUGGGCCUCCUGCUGCCUUUCAGGGCGUUCGGCGACGUCCGUUUCAAAUGGGGCGUGGAGAAGCUCUCUCGCGUCUACGAAAAGCGACCAGACGUCCUGUCUGCGGUCAGCGAGGCGUUCCGGACGCAGCCGCCGCACUACCUGACCCCGCCUUACCUGAGCGCCCAGCCGGAGGUCACGCUGCACCGCAUCAGACCGGCGGACAAGUUUCUGGUCCUGGCGACCGACGGACUCUGGGAGCUGAUGCACCGACAGACCGUCAUCCAGCUGGUUGGGGAACAGUUGACAGGCCUUCAGCAGCAAAGACCCAUAAUCCCCGGCGCGGGCACGACGCUGGGCAGCCUGCAGCGCCUCCUGCUGGAGCGGAAGAAUCGGGUCCUGUCGGUGCUGGAGGACCAGAACGGCGCCACCCACCUGCUCCGGCACGCCCUGGGGGAUGACGGGUACGGAGCGGUGGCCCCGAACCGCCUGGCCAAGAUGCUGAGUCUGCCUCCAGAGCUGUCCAGGAGGUACCGCGACGACAUCACCGUCACCGUGGUCCACCUGAACGAGCCCGACCUUUAAAUCUGGAGCUCACCUGCUCGCCGAUGAAUUAUAGUAACUUGUGUUUUUACUCUGAGGUUUUGUUACAUGCUCGUCUGUCCUCCGUCUGUUUCUUAGUUUUUUUUAGCCUAAUUAAGUCAAAUUUGAGGUACUUAGACUUUCUAUUUUAUACUGCACGACAUCUCGGAGGGAAACUCCUGAAUCUGAUGCAGUGUUUUAGAUUAAAGGCCCUCAGACCCUCAGCUACGUGUCUGAUUGGAUCAAUCAGGUUGAAGCUUUACUGGCAUUUAUGAUAAAGUUGUAAAAUAACUUUUUAUGCAUUAAAUACAAUUAAAACACCUAUCAAGACCGUUAAUGCUUCACAAUUUAACUAACAGUGGCCAUUCUACAGGAGUACUUUUUUUCUAGUAAUCAGGACUUACUUAAGGUGGUAUUGGUAAGAUCUCACAAGGUGGUAUUGGUAAGAUCUUCGUCCAUCUCUGGUAAAU